AUGGAGAGCAUUGAUCCAAAUAUCAACAAAGAGGACAAAACCCCCUUGACGUCAGAAAAGAAUUCGGAAGCAACUCGCAGCAAAGGAAAAUUCCGAUUCAAGCGCAGUUCUUCCAGCUCAAGAAAGCACGAAGACCGAAGCCGUCGCAAAAGACACCGUCUCGACGAUGGGAAAUAUUCAGAUCACGCUCAAACUCGAAAAACCCGUGGUCCAAGAUAUCACCAUGAAGACUCCAACACAGCAUUCGAAAACGAACCAAGGGGGCUCUCACCCGGUGCAGCAUUUCGCGAAUCCCUCUUCGAUGCGCUAGGUGAUGAUGAAGGCGCCGCUUACUGGGAAAGCAUCUAUGGCCAGCCAAUCCACAACUAUGCUGUUCCCCAGGUUCCCAAGGGACCUAAUGGUGAAUUAGAAGAAAUGACCGACGACCAGUACGCCGAGUAUGUUCGCACGCGAAUGUGGGAGCGCACGCGCGAAGGCAUAGAGGCAGAACAAAACCGUCGACGAGAAGAGCAGAGAAAGGCCCAAGCAAACAAGAACAGGGCCGAUUAUGAAAGAGCAAAGGAACGUGAGCGUAUGAACUUUGAGCAAGCCAUGGACGAUAGUUUGCGACGGGGUGCGGAGCGGAAAUCGAAGAAGACAUGGCAAGGGAUCUGGAACGCCUACCUUGCACAAUGGGAGGACAUCGCAGAGAAGUUGAAAUUACACGCUUCUACAUCGAAUCAGACUCAUGAUAACAAGGAUGCGCCCAAGAAUACACCACUUCGAAAUUUGCUUUUUUGGCCUGUUAAGUCUGGGAAAAGAGUGGAUGUUACCCCAGACGCUGUCCGAGACUUUAUGUGCCUUGCGCCACCUACUUCGGAUCUUUUGGCUACCCUGAAAGCGGAGCGCGUGCGUUGGCACCCGGAUAAGAUGCAGCAUCGCUAUAGUGCUCUGGGAAUCGAUGAUCUGGUCAUGCGCAGUGUGACCGAGGUUUUCCAGAUUGUGGACCAAAUGUGGAAUGAGGAGCGCGAGCGAAAAAGCUGA